UGGACCUAGUGGGUGGACUGUACUCGCCAUGUCACACAAAUAUAGCAGACUGGCUCCAACAUGGCCAUUCUAGUUUGACCAGCAUGAGCUUCGUGCUCCUGGAGGACGAUGAAGAUCCCCAGGCGACGAUGCAAGAGGCUUUUGCCAUGAUCGACGCGAGUGACGAGGUCCCGAUUCUGUCGGAUAUCCCCAAUGAAAAGCACUCGUUAAGCGACUCUGGGGGCCUCAAACGCAGUCGUCAGGAGCAGAACCGCGAACGGGAUUUUCGACGACGACAGCGGCAGAAGGAGGAGCGUCUGCAGUUGCAAAUGCAGGCGCAGCGUCUGGAAAUGUAUCUAUCCCAACUGAGAGAGAGCGGCGGCAGUGUACGAAGCUCCGAAUUGAGAGAAUCGAGUUGUGUGACUCCGGAGAUGCAGAAGCAGCGAGUGGAGGCGGAACUGCUCAAUAUGUCGCUCAAAAAGGCACUGGCAGCCGAGAAAAAAUGGUCGAAAAGUCUACAAUCCAUACUAGACAAGCGUCAGUCGAUGGAGACAGUAUCUUUGGCUAGUUCAAUGCUGCUGAGUUCGACGCCGUCCGCUAUACAUUGCAGUCCUGCAGCGUUGAAAAAUGACCCAGUGGCUGUGAGGAAAGAAAUCAUGACGUUGAUGGACAAAAUGUACUAUGAAGCCAAGUCAACGGUGGACCCUGUGACGGGAGCGGCAGCGUCAAUUCCAGCACUCGCUUGCCACUACAACGUCAGACUGGACCCAAAAGCUGGGCCAACAACGCAACUGACGUCGGAAACACCACUUGACUGCAGCUUAGACUCGGCUAGAGGAUUGUUAUCGGCCAUGUUCUCUAUACCUGAUCCUUCUCAACCAAAUCUCAAAAUGCGUAGAACUCGGGUACGAAACCUGUCGUGGAAUGCAUUUUUUUAUCUAUGUUUUUAUUUAUACUUGUUUUUAAUUACUGUAGGCGAAGAGAACGUAUACAGAAGGAGAAGUGGAGAAGGAAUUCACGGUGGAUCUUGGAGGAUCCAGGGUAAAUGAGUGUCUGGAUGGCGUUGGAUUACUGCGCAGACACAGUGAAGAUGACUGCGAAUUGGUCAUAUGGGCUGCGAUUUCUUUCCACCACAGUGGUAAAAUAUCAUUUCGUGAAUGUUCGUGGAUGGCCGCAGCACGUUCAGCUCCUUCAGCUGAUCAGGAGUCUGUAAUUCGCGUCAAUUACCGUCUCAGUGCUGAGAAAGCUAAAGGAUGCACUUAUAUUGACGGCGAACACAUUGACCAAGUCCGUAACCAUGCACUUGGAGCUAUAGGAGCCAAGAUGAAGGCGAAACAUCACAUGCUUCAGAGAAAAAUGCUGAUCGAAACUGGCAGACAAGAUCUGGCGAGUUUUAUAACCUAGCGUGCAAAAUACUUGAGUAAGAAAAAUAUAAUGCACUUGGUAAUAAAGAAUAGAACGGAAGUUGACAACUGC